UAGCAGACGCAAAUUUACUGACACUUUCUUUACAAUUUUACAUCGCAAAGACCGCAUGGAUCCGUCAGAAGUGCUUAACAAUUUCUUGUGAUUCCUUAUCUAUUUAAAUUCUACAAUUUGUAAGUUUUCCAAUAAGGAAAAAUGAGCAUAGAUUCAGUUGCCGAAUACCUGCUCUUUUUGCAGUUGUACGAUCAGUACAAAUUAGAUUGUGUGAGAAAAGGAAAGACUCCAAAUGGAUUGCCGGUUUUUCUUUCAAAUCUGAAAGAUGCACAACGUGUGACUGAACAUUCCUCAGUUUCAGCUGAUGUGGCUGUAUCGGGAUUGGUGAACACAGAUUCACCAUUUAAAUCGUGUGGAACUUUUCAGGAAAUGAAUAGCCACUCGACUGAGGCAAACGAGAGAAGAAGAAAAAGAGCGCUGACAAUGCGAAAAUCUUUAAUGGCUUCUUCUUCAAUAACAGAAGUGAAAGACAAUGCAUCCCUGUCUCCAAGUUGCAACAGUGGCGUCGUUUCACGUCAAAAGAUGAUAGCAAAACGUUUCAACACAUCUAAUACGUUCAAAAUGCAUGUCUAUUUAAUGCCUCACAUUGGAUGGCUUGGGACGAGAGCUUCAAAACAAGAAAAAAGUAAUUUGGCUGACAUAUACGUUUCCCAGCGAGUGGUGGAUUUCAACGUUGAAAAUACUGAGGAAGAAAACUACGAUGCUAUUCUAAAGUAAACUUGCAUUCCCACUAUCGCCUUACUAUAUCCAUCAACAAUUCCAUGAACAACAAAUCCCCAUCUAAAAAAUUAUAUGUUUUAUUGAGUUACUAAAUAGUGAUAUAAAAAGCCAUAAUAUAAUGUAUAUAAUUACCCAUCAAA